AUGUCAGCAGACGAUAUACAGGGCAGUGUCAUAGACUCGAAGCUGAGCGUCAAAGGCGCAACGGGACUUCGUAUCGUCGAUGCUUCGGUGUUCCCGACUAUUCCGAAUUGCCACAUACAAGCUAUCGUGUACACCCUCGCAGAACGGGCUGCUGAUCUCAUUAAGGCGCAGCACAAGCUGGCUAACUAG